GGUCUGAGGGGCGGAGUACAGGCAGUCAUGUGAUUCAUAACACGGAAGUACUCAACUCUUACAAACAUAUGACAUGAUUACAGAGUUGGAUACGAGUUAAUUUAUUUUGUAUCAGUGUUUUUGUUAUUUCUUUCUUCACAAUGCUUCCUGCAGCCGCAGUUUUCCAUUAUCCAUGGGAGAUAAACUCAGGAGCAGUAGAAGAAGGACAAUCCGUGAGGGUAUUUGGAAGGUAAGUUUCAGGAAGAUUAUAGGGGAGAGUGGGGUAAGAUGAGCCAAAGGGCAAGUUAAGCCACCCCUGUUGCUUUGAAAUGGUAGAAGAAAUUGAUAAUGUGAGUAAAUAUUUAGGAGAUCAUCAAUUCAUGGAGUCUGUGAAGGUUAGAAGCACAUGGGUGAAGGGGUUAAACAUUAAUUUCCAAAAGAUCAUUUUAAAUUUGUUUUCGACAUCAAUUGUGGUAUCCAUGAGCUACAAUAUGAGGUCAAAAACCUAGGAUAAAAGUCCACCAGUUUAGCUUAGAGGACUAAUAAAGUCAUAAUAGUAGUUCUGGGGUAAGUUGAGCCAGUUAGUGUUGUGUUGUUAGCAAACGAUUCGUUCAAAUAACCGAAUCUUUUAAGUGAACGUACUGAACUGAAUCACUUCCCAGAGUGAUUUGUUCGUUUCUCAGUUAAAUUGAGCUGUAGUGAGAAGUAGUGAUAGUAGGGAUAUGACUCAACUUACCCCUCUCCUAUGGUCAACUUACCCCAUACACGGGGUAAGUUGACCAUAGGAGACCACUUUUUUUAACAUGCUAUAUAAUCAAUAUAGUUAUGUUUACACUCAUUCUGUUGGUUUGCAGGGAUGCACAACAUCUUGAAAUAUAUGCAGAUACACUAGUUAGAGACAAAACUAUGAUCACCUUGAUGUAGUGAUCCGAAAUGUGAAAAAUGGCUCAUCUUACCCCACUCUCCCCUACUUGAAAACAUACUCUUUGCUUAUUUGUACAGAAUAUAUCAUCUCCAACCAGUAUGCCCAUUCUUCUUUGGACUCCAGCAUUAACCAUGCAUUUUUAUCCACACAACUGCUGAACACUGGAUAUUUUCUUUUUUUCAGACCAUUCUUUGUAAAACCUAGAGAUGGUUGUACUUGAAAGUCCCAGUUGAUCAGCAUUAAUUCAGUGUUAAUUAAAAUGCUAUGUUCAAACUCACUUUAAUCCUCUUUAUUCGCAAUUCUGAUGCUCACUUUAAACUUCAGUGAGUAGUCUUGACCAUGUCUACAUGCCUACAUGCAUUGAGUUAUUGCCAUGUUAGUGACUUAUUAGCCAUUUGUGUUAGAAAGCAAUUAAACAGGUGGACCUAAUAAAGUGGCCAGUGAGUGUCACUGAGUGGUAUAAAAAUGCGGGGUAAGAUUUAUUGUCAUUGUACUUCUUUUGCAUGUUCAAGUCAUAUAAGCAGAGAGUUGGAAUGCACUUUACUGUCUACCUACAGAGAGCGCCAUAUUGUAAACAAAGGGGACGUUUCACUCUGUAGCUUUAAAAACACUCAUUAGAAAAGCAAAUAUUUGAUUUAAUCAUCCAGGCACACUUGGAAUUAAAUGUACCUAUUUAAUUUUUCAGACUGACCUACUAUCAACCUGAAGAGUCCAGGGCAACAUUGUCAACUCAGCAUGCUUCAAAAGAGCACUGUGUGGUUGUUAACACAAAGCAUGUAGAGCCCUUUGACCCAAUAACUGGGGCCCAAUAUAUAGCUCUUGGUGAAACAGAGAAAGUUGAAGGUAAGGAAGUACUUUUUUAAAUUAUGUUAGCGCACAGUGUAUCAUUUUGUGAAAUGCAAACUGCAGUUUUAGCUGCUGCUAAAAAUUAAAAAAUAAAGCAAUUUAGGCUUGAUGACCCUCACAGGAUUCAGGUUUGAAAUGUUAGAUAUCACAUAUAUACAGCAUUGUUUAAUCAUAGUUUUGUGGCCAUAUAAACUUGAUCUUGAACACAAGGCUUUGUAAACACACCUGGAACUAUAACUUCUAAUGCCUGCCUUGUAUGGCUUAUCUUAUCUCCUCUCCUGCCAGAUGGUGGUGUGGUGUUGAGGGCACGUGUACUGAACUGCAUAGAUGGGGUCAACAUUGCCCUUCUCCAGAAAGCCAUUAAUGAGCAAAGGAGCUUCUUCAGUGAGAGGGAGCAGAAACAGAGUGAAGCUGCUCAGUUCACACAUGACACCUGAUGACCAGAGUCUGUGCUCAUCAGGUUUCACAUGGUGCUCACUGAGCAACGAGACAGCAGUGCUGCCUCUAAAGCUGUAUGCCAAGGUGCUCUGGGAUGGAGCUGAAGUCAAGUCAAAGACCGGUUAAGUCUACUGGGUCAGUGAACGAUUAAGAGCUUUUUGGGGUUCACAGCUUAUGAAUGAUAUGGCAGGAGGUUUUUUAAUAUGUCCUUUUAAUGUUUUAUUCUUAGUAAUAAAUAAUGUCUAAAUUUUUUAUCACUCUUUUAGACCUUCAGUGUUUGAUUAUAUAACAAAGUUCUAUGACUGUAAGCUGAAGUGACACAGAUCUGUGGCUGUAAGAUAAAGUGGGGGUUUGAUUUGUAAUCAUGUGAAUAAAUCUGUACAGUGUCUUUUCAUGAUGCCAAAAUUUGGGCUAUCAGCAAAAUAAACUUAAGUUAAUCAGCAUUUUGUUAAAUUGUUUUAAGUAGUUGUAGUCUGGUUUCAUUUGCUCAGUUAUGCUUAUCCCACAAUGAUCCCACAUUAGGGAGUAUUAAAGAAUAAAAGAUCACUUGAAAAUGUACCUUUUACUAACAAAGCAAUAUUGACAAGUAAGUUUUUAACACUCAAUGGCCAAUUGCUUUAUUUAUAAUUCUAGCUGAGGAGGACAGUCCUGUCCUGACAAGGUUAUAGUCCCUGGUAUGUACGUUAAAAUUAGCCAAUGGGAAGUUGAGGUAAAAGACAUUCAGAUUCAGGUUCAUAUACUAUUCUAAUAUAUCUUCUUUUAAAGUAAGCCUGGAAAAAGCCUUAAUGUACACUGUUUUAUUGAAGGACUUUACCUUUACAACAUAGAUAAUAUGAAUGAUAGAUGUAGUCUCAGUGACAUUUCUUACCGAUUCCUGAAGAGGUAUUACAAAGCCACACAAUGGCAGUUAUGUAAUUGGAAAUGCUGGCUCCAUAUGACUUUCAGCUUGUACAGAAAAGAGCAAUGAGAUGAAGCUGAGGUAGGAUUUAAGACCUCAGCAAACAGCUACAGUUUAUUUCCUAUCUGUCAGUUAUACCCAACUCCAUAAUAAAAUCACAACAAAUAAGUAAAUAAGGGUUUAGAGCCCAGAAACA